UUAGGAACCGAGACACCGCUCCUCUGUCUCAGGGGAUGUGUGGGUGGGAUGAUAUGCUGCCCCUGUCAUCUGGCCACACCUCCGGGAUCACUCAACAGCUCCGCCUCCUCGCCGCUGAUUGGCCACCGGAACUGUAGCUCAGGAGAGGCACACAGGGGGCCAAUCACCGACGAGGAGGUGCAGCUUGGAGAGGAGGAGCCGAGUGGCAGCGCGCGUAGAUCAAAGAAGAUCGAGGGAGCUGCCGGAGCAAGUGAAGAGGAGAGCGGCCAGAGAAGGAAGACAGCUGACAGGAGAGGGAGGGAGCAAGCCCAGGCUGGAGCAGGGGUCAGCAAGGUAAGUAUCAUUGGUGUCAGUGGGAGGAAUAGUGCCCCAUCAUUUGUGUCACUAAUACCAACAAUGGGGCACUAUUUCUCCCACACAUAC